GCAAUCUCUUCUCUCACACAAUUUUCUCUCUCUCUUUCCAUCUCUCUCUCCUCUGUGAAGAUUGGAAGCUAUAAGAUCAUGAGGAAGCGCCAAGUGGUGGUGAGAAGAUCGGAGGAACCCUUGAGAAGCUCCGCGAAUUCGUCGAUGAGUGUUCGGAACGUGAGAUACGGAGAGUGCCAGAAGAAUCACGCUGCCGGUGUAGGAGGCUACGCUGUGGACGGCUGCAGGGAAUUCAUGGCGAGCGGCGAGGAAGGGACGAGCGGUGCACUCACCUGCGCCGCCUGCGGCUGCCACCGGAACUUCCACCGGAGGGAAGUUGAGACCACUGAGGUAGUUUGCGAGUGCUCUUCACCUUCUUCAAAUGGGGCUUGAUUAGAGAAAUCAUAAUUUGUCACACAGAUUUUUAAUAUCAAUAUAAAUAUCUAUAUGUACGUCUAUAUAUGGAGUUUCGUGUAAUUGUGUCUAUUCGCGUCUAUUUCUUUUCUUAUAUUUGGAAUUCGGAUUUGUUUUGGGUUUCUCAGUUUGAUAUAUAA